AACACUUGUACAGAAACUGCAAACGUUCAUCUGAGAGACUGUAAUGCAAGAGGUUGAAGGAUACAGAGCUCUAUUCAAUUCUGGAGAAUCAGUAACGGCAAGUUGACAAGAUACCACCAAUCACAACGGAAGUAACUUACUUAACUGGCGGGCGACUACCGCUGAGGCUCCUAAUGGAUGAUGAGGAAGAGGACAUGUCUCUUCAGCAUCCUGCCUCACAGUGCUGGGGCACCCACUUCAGGGACAUCAAGUACCACACCAGGGACAGCAGAGGGUCCAGAGACACCAGGGACAGAGGGGACACCCAGGACAUGUCUACACAGAUGUCGACUGGACCCGUUGUCCCACGGUCAGAGGGACACAACAUCAUGGUUCCACAAGGGCACAACAACAACACUUUGCCCUGUGGGGUGCAGGACAAUCACCAGGCCAGAAUGCUGCUCCACGGCAAUGCUGGAUUCUGUUUGCACUUCCCAGCUCAGUUUGAGCCUAUGGACGAUCAGGGAGCGAGGCAGAACGAUGAGGGGGAGGGUAGGAGAGAGGACGAUGAGGAGGAGAGGAGGAGAAUGGAGGAGAGACUAGAUGAAGAGCGGGUGGAGGAUAGCAUGGCGGAUAGCACGGAGGUCAGGAUCGGACGUAAGCUCCGGGAGAUCGGAGACCAGUUCCACCAGGACCAUGUUCAACUGUUCCUGCAGCAUCAGAGGGAUGUCCUGCCAGUCUGGAUGCGUCUCACAAUGGCCCUCUAUGGCUUCCUGUUUAACAGAGGGCCCCCCGCCAUACCCCGUCCGAGAGGACAGGAGAGAUGAGGGAGUACCUCGCAAAACCCCUCCACCCAUCUCAGAGGGCCUCCCCCGACCAAAACGAGCGACCAGACUUUUAGAUGGCACUGUAUGAUGGAACACGGGUUUGGAUUCCUUUUUAAAAUUUUUUUUUAAUCAAAGAUGAAGAACUGGUCACUGCUGGAUGGAGACUAGAAGCAUCUCUCCGUCUCUCUCUCUCUCUCUCUCUCUCUCUCUCUCUCUCAUGCUGUUAGAACACAGAGAUAUUUUCUAAAAUAAUUGUGAAAUAUACCUUUUUUUUUUUUUAUAUAUAUAUAUGAGAGGUCCCUUCAAGAGAAGACUUUAUGGUCUUCUGUGUGAACUUCUACUCACCCACCCUACCACGAACUUGACAAACUUCCAAUGUAUUUUCUGAACUAGCAAAACUCCAUGUAACUCGAUGUUUCACACUGGUCUAUAUUUUAAAAAUGGUUGUGAUUUUUAAUGACUCUGUGGUGGGGUUGUCGAGUGGUGAGCGCUGUCUGCAUUCGUGACAUGUUGAUCUCUGGUGUAGAUUGAGCUCCGUUGUCUUAUCCUAUGUCUUUCAAUGGUGUCAUCCACCAGCAAUUCAGUCUGAAUGAGAGGAAGAUUCAGUCUGAAUGAUGGGUCUGUUUUUUUGUUUUUUUUUAAUCAACAGGAUGAAUGCAUGUAUAAUUUAAUUUGUGUUCUUAAAGAUCCUUAGAUAUAUGUGUAUAUGUAUGUAUGUAUGUAUGUAUGUAUGUAUGUAUGUAUGUAUGUAUGUAUGUAUGUAUGUAUGUAUGUAUGUAUGUAUAUAUGUGUAUGUGUCUCAAAGUUGAGGACAACUUUUUGAUAAACUCUGACAGAGAAAAGAUUGGAUUUUUCAGGAUUUCUUUAUCUGGCAGGAUAGACAAUCACAAACAACAGACCCUGUGACGAUAGAAAGGGUAACAAGAGACUACCACAUGGGUCUGCUGGGGGGGGUGGGGGUGAGGCAAAGACAAAUGUUGUACAAUCAACGAUUGGAGCAAUACUGUAUAGAUGAACCAGUUUGGAAGGCACUAAAGAAACCUUAGGAAUCUAAUUGCAGUUACAAUCCAAUUUGCAUGCAUGGGACAACGUACUGUAUAUCUAAUAACUCAAUCAAUCAAUGAUGUUCAAUGACGGCCAUCUUUUGAUUUGAUGACGUCACUCAGUUCGAUUGAACUAGCCGUGACCUCUUACUCUAUAUAACUCUUUAUCUUCGCCUGAAUCUGUUUUGGCAUCAACACAGGUACAAUUGAAAUGGUUUCAUGAAAUAGACAAUGAAAAUGUAUUCCUGUGUUGGUAUGGCUAAAUAUGUUCAACAGGAAUGAAUGUACACAACGCUGUCGACCAGCUGUCUAGGUACUGAAGGGUUGAGUCCUAUGAAACUGUCCCAUUUUUUUUUUGUGUGUGUUUUUGCAGAAAGGUUUUGUACAAAGUCAUUUUUUAAAUUUUAUUUAUCAAUGCACACUGACACCGUGCUACCAUUGGUUUUUACUGAGGGGUGGGGCUCAGUUCUAGUGAGUUCUCACCUCCACCAUGUCUACUCCUAAAGACUAGUUCUGAGGAUUUCAGAAAGUCCCAUAGAAUCCAAUUUGUGUCAGCAUUUUGAUUUAGUGCAGCAUUUCAAUAUGAAACCAACGACCACUGAGUGAACUGGUUCUUAUUUGAGUAAAUUUUUUAAAAGUGGUUUUAAAAAUGAUAAUAUCAACAGAAGACAGGAUUUCGAAUCUAAUGUAAAAAAAAAUAAAAAAAAUAAAAAGACUAAAUUAUAAUAUGAAUGUAAUUAAUGACGACAUUGAUGGGUUAAACCUUUUUUUUUCAGGGAGUAGUUGCCGAGUCAUUCAAGGCCUUCCUUAAUGAGUGUUUCUAUUCUACUUUAACAUCAUGCGCAUAUGCAAAUUCCUAAUGAGAAUAACAAGGUUUGCAUGUGUUGUACUGUUGAUUUUAUAGAACAUCCUCUUCCCACAUGACGUCACCUGAUCAACAGACUAUUGUUUCUGUUCCUAUAAGUCCCAAAUGGCACCUUGUUCCCUACGUAUAUAGUGCUCUACUUUUUAACCAGAGCCCAUAGAGAAUAGUGUGUAAUUUGGGAUGCAUCCAUGUUCUUUGAUGGUUAUCUGUGAUGUCAUUGACAGAAGGUUAUAAUGUCAGAUUUCACCACAGACGCUGUUCUGUUUUGACAUUCCACAAUACAUUUGAAUAUUUAAAACAUCUCGAAACAAGGAAGAUGACAAGACCAGGGAAAGAGAAAGUUGUACCCUUUGGCUCAGAAAGAGAGACCGGUCUCUUUGAAAGCACGUAAUGCCAAAAAGUUUUCUGCAAACCACCGAACACUGAGCCAGUCGAAGUAGUCUCUAUAUCAGCCAUCUCUCUCUCUCUCUCUCUCUCUCUCUCUCUCUCUCUCUCGCUCUCUCUGCCAUCUCUCUCGCUCUCUCUCUCUCUGCCAUCUCUCUCGCUCUCUCUCUCUCUCUCUCUCUCUGCCAUUACAACUCCUCCCUCGUUCAAUCAUCAACUACUCCCUGGCCUUUUCCACAAUAGUUUUCUUUUGACACUUUUUUUACGUUCCUUUUCAAAAGUAAUUUAUUUUAAUUUAUUUUAGUCUAUUUUCGCUCAGUGCUACUGUAUAGCUAUGCGGAUGUGUACAGUUUCUUCUCCUCCUAGUAGAUGGAACAGUUGAGCCAGGACAGUCAGUAACAGUACUGUGUGUGUUAGAAUCCCAAAUGGCACCCUAUUCCCUAUAUAGUGCAUAGGGUUCUGAUCAAAAGUAAUACACUAUGUAGGGAAUAGGGUGCCAUUUGUGUGUUAGCUGGGCCUGUGGGUCGAGAGGACAGACGGACUAAUAGCCAUGUGUCUCCUCUCACUAAGCUGUGUGUGUGUGUAACACCAAAUGAACAGACAAUCAAAUGUGCUAAAUGUGCCUUCCGUGAAUUAGACCAGCCAUCAUCCAUCACAAAAGUCUGGUCGUGGUUAUCUACAGAUGGUGUUCACAGCUCUCCUAGUUCAGUCUGGUUGUCUAUAGAUGGUGUUCACAGCUCUCCUAGUUCAGUCUGGUUGUCUAUAGAUGGUGUUCACAGCUCUCCUAGUUCAGUCUGGUUGUCUAUAGAUGGUGUUCACAGCUCUCCUAGUUCAGUCUGGUUGUCUAUAGAUGGUGUUCACAGCUCUCCUAGUUCAGUCUGGUUAUCUAUAGAUGGUGUUCACAGAUCUCCUAGUUCAGUCUGGUUGUCUAUAGAUGGUGUUCACAGCUCUCCUAGUUCAGUCUGGUUGUCUAUAGAUGGUGUUCACAGCUCUCCUAGUUCAGUCUGGUUGUCUAUAGAUGGUGUUCACAGCUCUCCUAGUUCAGUCUGGUUGUCUAUAGAUGGUGUUCACAGCUCUCCUAGUUCAGUCUGGUUGUCUAUAGAUGGUGUUCACAGCUCUCCUAGUUCAGUCUGGUUAUCUAUAGAUGGUGUUCACAGCUCUCCUAGUUCAGUCUGGUUAUCUAUAGAUGGUGUUCACAGCUCUCCUAGUUCAGUCUGGUUGUCUAUAGAUGGUGUUCACAGCUCUCCUAGUUCAGUCUGGUUAUCUAUACCACACUAGUUGCUUGGUUGACCAUGUGAGCUUCAAAUGGAACCCUAUUCCCUAUGUAUGUGUACUACAUUUGACCAGGACUUAUCGAGAACAGGGUUCCAUUUGACCUGGAAGCUAUAGAGAACAGGGUUCCAUUUGACCUGGAACCUAUAGAGAACAGGGUUCCAUUUGGGACACAGCCAUAUCCACCCUCUAGGUCACAUGCCUUAUCAAUGACCUUUAACCCAGACCCCUCUCAACCCUGACCCCUUUCAACACACACAGUCCCGGCCCAUCACCUCAAAACUCAAAUAUCCAAACGACUGUUGGCAAUCAACGUGCACUAGAAGUAAUGUUGUUUUAUGUUUUUUUUUAUAUGCGUCUCUUUUUAUACUCCUCUACUGAACCUUAACCUCUCCAGAUUCAUGUGUCUUUAAAGAUCUGUUAUAUAUUCUGGAUUGGCCUAGCUCGAUCUAUUUAUAUUCUGCAUUGGCCUAGCUCAACAGGACUAUCCAUAUGUCUUUAAGAUCUGUUAUAUAUUCUGGAUUGGCCUAGCUCGACAGGACUAUGUUUCUGUGCUGUGUUUGAAACAUAUUCACUACUUUUGACCAGGGCCCAUUGGGCUCAAAAGUAGUUUACAAUAAGGAAUAGGGUGCGAUUUAGGGAUCCUAGUAGGGAUAUAGGCUGAGGGUACAAGGAGGAGUGAGGCACGACGGUGCCAGUAUUAUUUGCAUGGAGGAGGGGUUGUGUGGUCAUCCUAUAGGUUGGUGUUGACGACAAACCCAUAGGAACCAACCGUUGGUGUUGACGACAAACCCAUAGGAACCAACCGUUGCCUCAAUCCCCUUCCAGGUUAAAAUGUAUAUGCUAUGUUCAACCUUCAGUGUCUUGAAUAUCAAGUCCAAUUUUUUUCAUUUAUUUUUUAUUUUUAAAUUUCCUAAGAAAGUGUGAAUCUUAACAAUUAAGUGCUGUGAUUAUUUGUGUUUUAUAUAAACAAAAGUUUGUUGCAGCUGAUUCUUAACUUUUUAAAACUUUCUAAGCAAAAAAAAAAAAAAAGUUUUCAUACUUUCUUUUGUAAAAAACAAAUGUAAGAAUGAAAUCUGAAAACAUAAUUUCUUGCUUUUUAAAUGUUGUGACAUGAUUCUUGUUUUUUACCAAUUAAGUCCGCUGUGUCGUUCUCAGUUCAAGGGCUGUUUUGAUAUUUGAUCAUUCUGUAUAUGGAGUAAAAAUGCAUGUCCCAGCAUUCCUGAAAUCUGGAUCUUAAGGGGUUUGAAUGUAAAUUCAUUGAGUGGAAAAACCACAGUGUCUCUUUUUGAAAUACUAUAUGAACUGAAACAGCGAAGCCUUCCGUCUAACUUCUGCUCUGUUGAAUUGGGACUCUUUAUUUACCAUUGUCUUCUAAUCACACAUCAUUAGAGCUCUCAGAACCAUCUUCAAAUCACAUAUCACUCUAGAACACAUCAUUAGAGCUCUCAGAACCAUCUUCAAAUCACAUAUCACUCUAGAACACAUCAUUAGAGCUCUCAGAACUGUCUCAAGGAUUCCACGUCGGUGUGUUCUACGAUGUCUGGCCCCGUCUGUCUAUAUGUAGCAGAACUAUGCGUUCGUAAUGGCACCCUAUUCCCUAUAUAGUUGCACUACUUUUGACCAGAGCUUUAUGGUCCUUGGUUAAAAGUAGGGCACUAUAUAAAGGGAAUAGGGUGCCAUUUUAGAUGCAACCUGUGUUAUCUCUGAGAUGCUCCUGAAAGCCCUGCACGAUUUUUAAACCAUGUGGAACACGGCGGGAAAGAGGGAGGGAAGAAGGGUGGAAAAUAUUUGUUUUUCUAGUGCAAUAUGCUGUACAUAAAGAGCUUGGCUCUACAAAGUCUACAAAUCUUUCCUCACUAAACAUUUUCUCACUGAAAUUUCCUUUUUGUUGUAUAAUGGGUACACUGUCUUUUUUUUUCCUUCGUUUUUUUUAAUUAAAAUGUUAUGAACGUU